AUGAAUCCUGUCAAAGAGAAUAGCCGUUUGUCUCUUGACAGCUCCAUGUUGAGAGAUGGAAAUUGCUCUGACAUGCCAGGAAGCUUUGACCCAGAUUUCAAAACGCGACACUCAAGCAAAAAAAGUGAUUCACUUUUCACGCGACGAGGGAGCCAAUACCGUGGUAUUAAAGACUCUUUGCUGUUGUACGAAGGUCAGUCUUUUGAACUGGGCCAUGAGAAUGCCGUCAAUGUUCCACGAAGGCAGAUGAGUGGCGCCAGGGAUAGUUCCAAUUUUGAGAGACCUGUCAACAAUUUCAAUCGUGGGAAACAUGUUUGGUACCGAGCGAAUAAAAAUGAUGAAAACAGUGCUGCUGAACACUUCGCAGAUCCAAAUUUUUCGCCUAAUAGCUCUAUCAAUAUUCGCGAUGCGCUUGAAAAUGCUGCACAUUCGAUUGCAAGAAGUCAAAAGGCUUGUUCGGGCAUGAAGGAGCGACUGGCAAAAUACAACUUGAACAGGUCAGUUCGUAUUCCAGGCAGUUUUUCAAAUCUUCAGGCCACUACCAUAGAUAUCGACGCUGGAGAUUGCGUUGACGAAGACGUAAGUUUCCAGGCAAUCGAAGGAGCGAAAAGUGCAAAGGAACCUAUCAGCUACAUUUCGGCUUGUUUACUGGGUCCCAUAAUCAUCAAGAGUACCUAUUUCCUGCUUGCUCAAUCUGCUACGCUAGAGAAUAAAGAUUAUUCAUUUUCCAACACCUGCGUCAUGAUUGUCAGCUCGGACUUAUCCGGUUUUAGCUUGCCCCAGUUGGAUAACUUGGUUCUCCAAAUUACACAGAUUUGGUUGCUAAUACGAAUCAUACCUGUCCUAAUCAAGAUACCAUGGAGUUUUCAUGCAACCGUGAUGAAGUACGGCCUAUACCCACAUUUAAAUGAGGACCUUUACAGCGUUAAUGAUAAAUUUCUAUUUCAUGACGCUGCUUCGUUCUUCAACCGUCACGAGAAGUUUGGCCUACGCCUUAAAAACAUCAGUCUGAUAGUUCUCGUAACUUCACCCUUCAUUUUGACGACCGGUUUACUACUAGCGCACAAUCUCACCGUUAGACUGGCCACCUAUGAUCUUCCAACAAGCACCCCAUCGUCAGUUUAUUCCUCCUUCAUGGCCGUAGUAUUUUCCCGAUCACAGUUUGCAAUGCUGAUGUGGUGCAUUCUGUGUCAAUAUUGCAAAGAUGCGUUUGAACACAUUGAGGACUACGUUAUCGACCAACAGAAAAGGUUUCAAAAAGACGCAGAGUCCAUUGCUAAUCGUCUCGACAGUCCUGAAUCCAGAACGACUGAUGGAUUAGAUGCUGGCACUAAGCACUCCAUCAUGUCGAAGAAACCAUUGCUACCUUUGAAAAAGAAAAUGGCUAGUCCAUCUUUCGACAACACGCACCCAGUCGAUAGUCCAAGUUCGCAAGCGCCGCUUCCUCCAUUUGCGGUUGCUGCCUAUGAGAGCCCGCUCAAAAGCAAGCGUGCAAAUGAUACGCAACAUUCGAGCAUUAGACCAGUGUCGCCUCAAACCGGUGUACACUUCGUCGUUGAUAGGUAUCCCCGCCGCCCCCAGUCAUGGCGAGACUACGUCAAAAUAGCUCUACACAUGCCGCUACAUGUCUUGUCGACAAAAUAUAGGAUAUUGCGGAUAGGCUUAAAAUCUAUCGUUUACGUUUUUUUCUUUUCCUAUUGGAUGGUCAAGGGAUCCUGGCGCUGGCUUGGCCGUAAAUCUAAUGACAGUGCACCAAAAUAG